AUGGAGAAUCCCGAUGACUCGACUUGCCAGGUUUCUCCUUCAGUUCUGACGUAUGGUAGUCUUGAGACGUUUUACUCGUCACUUGUGGAUAUUCCUAGACCCAUUUCACGAAUUCAUUUUGGGCAAGAAAGGCUCCUUAAUCACAUCGUCGGACUCGGUCUCCCUGAUGAGACCCAACACCCAGUGGAGCCUUCACCUUACCGAAACAUCAAGGUUAACGAACGGGAGAUUCAUUUUGAGGGCUAUGUUGGUCAGGGUUUAAUUCUGAUUGAGGAUCUCUGCCGAAAACCUGACUCCCGGGCUCCAUUCACUUCUGAGGUUUGUCAAGCUUUGUACCAGAAGCAUUUCCCUAUUGGUUCUUUGCGGGUUAUUUUUGUGAUGAAUGUGCUUAACGAAAGAACGUUUGACUUCAUCAAGGAGAGCUUGUACGUGGAAGAACAUGGCCUGAAAUGGCCCGCUGCAGCCUUCAAGCAUCCAACUUUGGGUGAUGAGUCGCCUGAGUUGGCUCCUGAGAUGAAACCCCAAGUCUGGUCUCGUGGUUCCCCGGAAUUGAAUGCCUUGGUUGGAACUCCCAUUGGGGCCAUAAUUGCAAGACUCAUUUUGAGUGCAUUCCCCCGUGGGACACAUCGAAUCUCGCAAGUCAUUACAUGGCCAAGUGCUGGCCUAAAAUGGCCUCAAACGCGCUGGGAUAUCGAGCCCAUUCAGCGCACAUAA